AUGGUGGGAGGAGUAGAUAAUGAAGUGUAUAAUGAAACAUUUCAAUCUCAAACUAGUGGUGGUGAUUAUGAUCAGUUUAUGUCAACUUAUGAGUUCAAUGAGAUGCAGACUCAAGAUCAAUACAAAAAGGCUCGAAGUAAGAACUUCUCUCCAGAAGAGGACCUUCUAUUGGUUUCUACUUGGCUUAACACAAGUAUUGAUCCAAUUCAUGGAACGGAUCAAACUAAUAGUCAAUACUGGAGCAAGAUGGAACCAAUCCAGCAAGCUGUAAACAAGUUUUGCGGCUAUUACACACAGCGAGAAGGAAGACUCCGUAAAUUUGGUGAUACAGGCAUAGACGUGCUUGAGGUUGCCAAGAAGAUCUACCAUGAGAUUCAGAAAACUCAGUUUCGAUUAGAAAACUGCUGGAAUAAAUUGAGAUUUAAUGCUAAAUGGAUAGAAUACAUGUGUCAAGGACCAACAAAAAGAAAAACAUUUUCAAGUGACACAACUAAUUUGAAUGAUGAAAAGAAUACUAGUGCUGAUUUUAUUGAUUUGGAGAGGCCCAUUGGACAAAAGAAAACAAAAAAAGAAGCUAAGAGAGGGAAAGAUAAAUCAAGUAACAUAUCUGAAUUUGAUGCUGCUAUUAUCAAAUGGACAAAGGAAAAAUGA